AUGCCUGUGCAGGAGGAGGUGGCGGCAGGCGCCCCGGCGGCCGCCGCCCGCGCCGCCCCCGGCGCCCCGCCACGGCUGCCUGAAACCAGCAAGGAGCUCCUGCGCAAGCUGGCUGAGGAGCUGCUGCUGCUCAACGGCCAGGCAGAGGCGGCAGAGGCGCGGGCAGCGGCAGCACAGCAGGCGCUCGACUCCCUGGCGACGCAGGGCGGCGCGGCGGCGCAGCUGCAGCCGGAGCGGCGGCAGGCUGUGCAGCAGGUGGAGGAGGAGCGGCGGCGCGCCGAGGCGGCGGAGCAGCGGGAGGCAGCCGCGCAGCGCCGCGCGCACGCCCUGGAGGCCCAACUGGCAGAGUGCAGCGCCCAGCUGGCGGCGCAUGCGCAGGCGGCCGCCGAGCUGCGGCAGCAGCUGGGGGAGGAGCAGCGGCGGGCGCGGGAGGCGGGGCAGCAGAUCAGGCACCUCGAGGCGCAGCUGGAGCAGCUACAGGAGCAGCUGCAGCAGGCACAACAGCAGCAGGCACAGCAGGCACAGCAGCAGCAGGCACAGCAGCAGGCGCAGCCGCAGCAGGCGCAGCCGCAGCAGGCACAGCAGCAGCAGGCGCAGCAGACUCGGCCGCAGCAGAGGGUGCAGGCAGCGGCGCCGCCGGCACCGGCAGCAGGCGGCCAGCGGCAGCAGGAGAGGGCGCAGCCGCAGCCGCAGCCGCAGCCGCAGCGGCAGCGGGCGGGCCUGGCGCCGGCGGCCGCCGCGCCAGCAGCAGCGGCCGGCCAGGCGGGGCGGCGGCCUGGGCUGGCUGUGGUGGAGGCAGCAGAUGGCAGCCAGGGCAGCUCCAUCCGACGCAGCAGCGACGAUGAUGAGACAUUCAGCGAGCCAGCGGCGGUGGAGGGCCCACCCGCCCAGCAGCGGCCGCAGAACGGCGGCGCCGUGGCGGCCACGGCGGCAGGCGGCGCGGCGGCGGCCAUGCGCCCGCCCCCGCGGCGCCUGGCCGGCCUGAAAGGGCCGCUGCCGCGCCCGCAGGCGCAGGCAGGCGGCAACGGCGGCGUGGCUGGCAAGCGGCUGGGGGAGGGUCAAGGCGCGGCGCAGGCGGCCAAGCAGCGGCGCCUCGACAUCCCGCCGGCAGACAGCACCAGCCCCGGGGAAUCUGCCCUGGGUGCCGCGGCUGUGCUGGAUCGCGGCCUGACGCGCUCCGCCGCCCGCCCAGCCUCGGCAGCGGCCGCCAAUGGCGGCGGCGCCAGCGGCGGGCGCCACCUGGCAUUCAGUCCUUCACUGGAUGGCGCCAGGGAGGGCCUGACCCUGCUCAUGUCGCUCAAAGAUGGAGCGGCGGCGGAGCAGCUGGACGGCGGGCGGCGAGGCGGGCGCCGCGCCGCCGCCGCCGCCACCACCACCACCAGCGGCAGCGGCGGCGGCAGCGUGCUGCGCGGCGGCGAGUCGGCGCAGCAGUGGCUCAACAGGGCUGCGGGUGCCUAUGUCCAGUCUCUGCUGCGGGAGUCCACCUUCAAGAAGCUCUUUGGUCAGCCGGUACCACGGGAUACUCCGCAGUACCACCAGAUCAUCGCCAACCCCAUGGACCUGGGCACAAUCAAGGCCAAGGCGUCGCGCGGCGGCUACCUCACCCCUCGGCAGCUGCUGGACGACCUGCAGCUGGUGGUGGCCAACGCCAAGACCUUCAACGUGUCCCCCAAGCACCACGUGCACCGUGCCGCGGACCAGCUGCUAGACCAGCUCUACAAGCCGCACAGCUUCUGCACAAAGGUGGAGGAGCUGUUCCAGCAGGCCGAGCUGGAGACGGUGGUGGCGCAGGAGCGGGCGGCGCAGGAGGAGGAGCUGGAGGCGAUCGAGAGGCAGCUGGCGGCGUCGGUGCGGGCCGGCCUCAACGUGGCUGUGUAUGGCGAGGACGACGAGCAGCGAAAUUACUACUACCUCCUGCAGGCCAUCAGCCCCGUGGAGACUCUGUCGCAGGACGAGUGCGACGACUUUGGGCAGGAGUACAAGCGUGGGGACACGGUGCUCAAGGGCCACUACUGGGAUUACUGGAUGGACAGCCAGGGGCGCUGGGACCGCGCCCGCCGCCCGUACUACCUGCAGGAAAGCAAGGUGGCCUUUGUGCCCGCCUCCGCCCUGCUCCUCGUCGACAUCCAGCUGGCGGCGCGGCCAGAGGUGGGGCGCCGCAGCCGCAGCCGCCUGUGCCCGCCCGCCUCCCUGCCCGCUGCCAGCACUUGGGGCUCGCCGCCCUGGCCAGCAGCCCGCGCUCAGGCCUCCACCUGUCCUUCCGCCUGA